UAUAUAUAUAGCCACCAACUGAAAAUAUGGAAAGGAAGACUGCAUAAAAUUUUACUGCAUUUCUUCCAAAUAAUUUUGUCUGUUUUUUGUAGGUAACUGAAAUAUGGAAGAUGCAGACUCAUUUUUAUUCAAAUUUAAAGGAUAUCAUUUUGGUCGUGAAGAACUUGAUAUUGGAUUUAUAGAAAAUUUAGAUGAUUUUGUAAUCAGAGAAAGUGAUGUCUUCAUUAUUACAUACCCCAAAUCUGGUGAGUUCUGUAUUCUAAUAGAUAAUCAAAUAUUUUCAACGGGUUCAGCAUAUUUACCUAAUUAUGUAUCUGUUCUCCCCACAGUGUUGGGAAGCCUUUGGUUUGACCACAUCAAAGGUUGGUAUGAGCACAAAAGCCUCUUCAACAUUCAGUUCUUGAUGUAUGAGGAGAUGAAGAAGGAUCUCAAAGGUUCUCUGUCAAAAGUCUGCAAGUUUUUGGGGAAAGAGCUGAGUGAGGAGGAAAUGGAUGCCAUUGUGAGACAGGCCACAUUUCAGAACAUGAAAUAUGACCCACGGGCAAAUUACAAGAAUAUAAUAAAGACCCGAUAUGGGUUAGAAGCUAAAGGUCAUUUCCUUCGCAAAGGUACCAUUGGAGACUGGAAAAAUCACAUGACUGUUGAGCAGAAUGAAAGGUUUGACAAGAUUUUCCAAAGGAAAAUGAAAGAUUUUCCCUUGAAGUUCAUCUGGGAUAUGAAUGAAGAAUAGAAUUUUAAGCAAUGCAAACUAUUUUAAGAAAGCACUUUCAGAAAUAAAUAUAUUGAAGUGUAUAAUUUCAUCUUUGACUACCAUUGGCUCAUUAUUGACAAA